AAGUUUGUAACCUCGAAUACCCAAAGGAGCCCUUAUUGUCUGUAACUGUAAGAGUGCAAGACUGUAACCAACUACGUGGGCAGUGAGCUUAUUAUCCUCUCAAAUGGUGUCUCUGUUAUCUUUUGUCCCUCCAAAAACCAUGCUCGCCUCCUUUCACUCCUUUCCCUCUUCCUUCGUUUUCCAAACCCUCAAACCCACAAAACCAUCAUACCUCACCUUGUCCCCCAAAACCUUAACAUGGCAAUCCAGCCCCAAACCCAAGAGAAGAGCCACCGUGAAUGCCAACAAACCCACCUCCAAAAACCGUAAAAAACCAUCAUAUGGCACCUCCAGAAGGUCAGUUAUCAAGAAAACUUUCAAACAGGAGCAAGUAAUGUUCACCACGCCGGUCCCCGAUGACCCGCUUGUCGCCGUAAUCGGCGGAGGGAUGUCGGGUCUGAUAUGUGCCAAGCAUUUGGAGAAAAGAGGGGUUCGGUCCACGGUUUUCGAUACGGGGAUGCAUGGUUUGGGAGGAAGAAUGGGAACCAGAAUAAUUGAUCCUCACCCAUUAGUAUUUGACCAUGCGGCUCAGUUCUUUACAGUGAGUGAUUCUUGGUUUGCUGAGUUGGUGAAUUGCUGGUUGGAGAAAGGUCUGGUUCAAGAGUGGCAGGGUGUCAUUGGGGAUCUUGACGUUGGUGGACGGUUUGUUCCACUAUCUUCUUCUACUCCAAGAUAUGUAGGUGUUAAUGGCAUGCGCCCCCUUGCUGACUCAUUACUGUCUGGGGCUUGUAUGGUUAAUGUGGUGAGACCUUGCUGGAUAAGUAAACUUGAACCAUUUAACGGGAUGUGGCACUUGAGUGAAAAUGGAAAACCUCGUGGAGAGUUUGAUGCGAUUGUUAUUGCACAUAAUGGAAAGUGUGCAAAUCGCUUGCUUGCAUCGUCGGGCUUACCUCUAAUUGCAAGACAGAUGAAGAGGCUUGAAUUGAGUUCUAUAUGGGCCCUCCUUGCAGCGUUUGAGGACCCUCUUCCCAUCCCAGGCGGUACAUCUUUUGAAGGAGCUUUUGUCAAAGGGAUUAAUUCCCUCUCAUGGAUGGCAAACAAUAACAAGAAACUUCUGCGCUCCCAAAGUAGUGGCCCUCACUGUUGGACCUUUUUUAGCACUGCAGCUUAUGGAAAGCAGAACAAGGUUCCACAGGAGAACAUCCCAACUGUCACAGCAGAGAAGGUGAAGGCAGGCAUGCUUGAGGGUGUUGAAGCUGCGCUAGGAUUACCAAAAGGAUCACUUACAAAACCAUUUUAUACCCGUGUCCAAUUAUGGGGUGCAGCUCUUCCAACUAAUACACCUGGUGUCCCCUGCAUCUUUGAUCCUCAUGGAAGGGCUGGUAUUUGUGGUGAUUGGUUACUUGGUUCAAGUCUAGAGUCAGCAGCCUUAAGUGGAAUGACUCUUGCCAAUCACAUUGCAGAUUAUUUCCAAACUGGUGGAGCUCGUCCUGAAGAGUUUGCCAUUGGUUUACAUAAUGAGUUUCAACCGCUUGAAGGACAUGAUAUUGGACAAUUUCCGGGAGUGGAGUCUGAAAAAGAGAUAAAUGAGGCCCAGGCAUAUCAACUUGCCUCUUGAAGUUGUGCCAGAGCAUGAGAAUUUUUCUGUUUGGGGGAUGCCUAUAUAUUAGGGGAUGGGCCCUGUGGGCACAAGAGGAGGUGGCGGUGGUGGUUCAGAUGGUCGUUGCUGCAUUAGUUUUGCUAAGAGCAAAGGUCGGCCUUUCCUUUGAUUUACAGUAACAGCUCCAAACAAUUCUUCUGUGGCCGUUGCAUGAGCUAACUUCUCCAUUUUCUCACCUGAUCAGGGUAAUUACCACAACCAGUUUCAGACAAGUAAAAAGUUAAGAAAAGAUGGCACUAACUGGUGUUAAAAGAUCAUAAACACAGUGCAAUUGGAUGCAGACAUGACAUAAAUGAUGGUGUCAAGUUCAUCAUUGUUGAUUGCUAAGUAAAACAGGCACUGUAAAUUAACUUUAGUUAGAGUAGCCUUCAAAUUUCUAGUACCCUUGCAUUCUACUGCAUAAUUUUCCACUAUAUUUUUUGGUUGUUAGGCUAUUCCGCUUUCGGUGCCACAAACUUCACCACACAUUCAAUCAAGUUAUAGAGGUUAGACUGAUUUAUCAAGAAGAGAAAUUCUUGAUGGAAUGGUGUGGCUAAAUCAUUAUUUGCUAUUCGUUAA